AUGGCGUAUACUAUUACUCUCAUGAAAGCACUCUUCUUCUUCAUUCUCAGUUUCCUUUCAAUCGACGGCAAGUUUAUGAUUCCCGCCGAUAAAUCUCAGUUGGAAAGCUGGUUCGAGACCACGGUGGGCUAUGUUUCUGACUCCUCGAGCUCUUUUAAGGUGAUCAAUGUCCGAGUGGAUGGCAGCGGAGAUUUCAAGACGGUGAUCGAUGCCAUAAACAGCAUCCCCUCGGGGAAUAGUGAGCGCGUGGUGGUGUCGAUUGGCCCAGGAAAUUAUACCGAGAAGAUAACUAUCGGUACGGAUAAGCCAUUCAUCACACUGCAGGGAGACCCCGACAACAUGCCGGUUUUGGUUUUCGACGGGACGGCCAAAACGUACACCACCGUCGAUUCCGCCACCUUGACUGCCGAUGCCGACCAAUUUUACGGUGUCAAUUUGAUACUAGUGAAUUCUGCACCAAGGCCAGACGGAAAGAAGGAUGGAGCUCAGGCAUCGGCAGUGAGAGUAGGCGGAGACGCUUCAGCAUUCUACAACUGCAAAUUCUAUGGAUAUCAAGACACAGUUUUCGAUUACAACGGGAGACAUUUCUUCAAAGAUUGCUAUAUUGAGGGGACUGUUGAUUUCAUAUUUGGAUCCGGCACCUCUAUUUAUAUGAACUCGGAGAUACAUGUUAUCCCUGGAGAUCCAACUUCAUUCAUAACAGCACAAGCGAGGUCGAGCGAUACAGAAACAACCGGUUUUGUAUUCGUCCAUUGUUCCGUGACUGGGUCAGGCCAAACCGCAUACUUAGGCCGAUCGUGGUUUCCCUACGGAAGGGUGAUCUUCGCGAACACCUUUCUAAGCGACGUUGUCAACCCUGAAGGCUGGUCCGACAAAAUGGAUCCUAGUAAUGAUAGGACUUCGUUUUUCGGAGAAUUCAAGAAUGAAGGCCCGGGAUCGAACUUUGACAAGCGGGUAACAUUUGCUAAGCAGCUUAGCGAAGAAGAAGCUAAGCCAUUCAUCAGCCUUGAUUUUAUAGAUGCUUCUUCAUGGUUGAUGCCUCCUCCCAAACUCUACUAG